AUGAACGCGGUUGAGAUAGGUGAAAAUGGCGAGCUUAUCUCCAACAUAUUACACCCCCUAGCAAUCGGAGAACCUGAUGAUCGAUCCGCCACUAGCGAGCAGCUAUGUGCCGUGAUUUCCGUCCUCACAGAUGCUGGUAUAUCUUGCUUCAUUGUUGAUGCGUGGGCACUCCUCUAUUAUGGAACUCGCCAUAGCGCAGAUGAUCGGAUCUUGUGUAUCCCGGAUGAACAUCACGAACGUGCAGUCGAACUAUUCAAAACAAUCGACAUACUAAAGCCAUGCGACCCACAUCCAUUCUCAAGGAAUAGUGGUCGCACACCUUACCACAUGUACCCCCGUUCCAAGGCUUCUGGGAGGCUGGACUUCUGGCUUCUUGUACCAGCAAGCUCUUAUCACCUUACUUGUGAACCUGCCAAUGUUGAAUGGAGUCUCGGUGGCCUUCCAUACCCCAAACUCCCAGUCUUCGUGCAAAGCUGCAUUGACUCCAAAGACGGGGUAGGCCUCGAGAAAUUAAUUGACGCGAUGGAUCUAUCAGAGGAGUGGGGGGAAGAGAACCUCGAACUUGAUGGUGACACUGAUACGGAAUGGCUGAAAAGACGUGUUGAGCUUCUUCGCGCUGACGGCAAUGGGAGGUAUAGAUUUAUCAACCGUGCACCCGUUUCUCGACGAAAAAUGUGGAAGGAGUAUGUGGGGAAUAAACAGAGGCGCUUAGGGUGGAAGCGCCCGCCUGAGAUAUAUGCAACCCAGUACCGACGUCAUGGUUCUAAAGAUAUGAGAGCUUUUCAGCGUCGAGGGCUGUUCAUCGAUGUACACCCUGAUACUCCUUUAGAAGUGAUCAACUUAAUUACUACUGUCCAUUUCUGUCUUUUCACCUUAAAGCGCUGGCACUUGGACAAGCCUAUUUCCAAAAGUUGUGCUCAGCUCGGCUAUCGGUGGUUCAUCUGA